GGCAGUCCAUGGUGAAAAUGAAAAAGGGGCCGAAAACAUUCUUUGGGUGCGAGCAACAGCCGGCGACUUUAUAGUAGGUUAUCUAUCAUCUUGUUCCACUUUUUCUGAAUUUCUUUCAUUACGAAGAUGACACAAGGCGCGGGUCUUUUUCCCCGUGCAAUGAUCAAAAGGAAGAUUCCAUUUUUGUUGGUGUGGAGCCCGUCUCUCCGGAUGUUGAUCGAAACUUUGUCUUCCACUACAUGCAAGCCACAGCGACAAAGUGGUCCGUCCUGUCCGGCGGCUCGGCACCGCAUGCGAAAUGAGGCUCUCGGCCUGGCUUCGUUGUUCAAUGUCUGCGGCUCAAUGUUUCGGCGCAGUAGAUUAAGGAUGGGCAGUUCUUAUCGGAGCAGAUACUAAACAAGAGUGAAUGGCGGUGGCUAUGCCCUCCAUUUCCCACCGUUCUCACGUAUGACGACCUUCAUAUGAUCGGAAAGAGCUCACACUGCCUUACUUUUUUACUGCAGAAAGGUGG